AGGAUACCGUUGCAGAAAUUGUGAAGCCACAGCAAAACUCCUACGUGCCUCAAACAGAAACAACUGUUCUGUCGCAGGUGAUGCAGCCCGAAACAAAGGAAUCAGAGAGCACGGAGCCGGACGACAAAUCGCCUCGAUCCGAAGAGCCCGCCAUCGCCGUCGAGUGCCUCCACGCGUACGUGCAGCACGAGCGGCGCAUCCACCAACUGGAACGUCUACGCACGCUGCAGUGCUACCAAAUCAAGCUCGACCAACUGCGACAGCUCGAAGUGGCUGCCACGAACCUCGAGAACGAACGUCAACGGCUGGCCCAGAAAAUGGCAGCGGUGAAUAUCCUUUUCAACGAAGGCGAGGCCGUGACAGUGAGAAACGAGCUGCUGAGGCAAAAGGAAGGCGACGGAGUGCUACAUCCGGACCAAGAGGAGUACCUGGACGACCUGAACAGAAUGGAAGUCUGCAACAACGAGCUCAAAGCGACGGAAAAGCAAAUUGAAGUUAUGCGGAAAGAAGUCCAAGAGCUCUCAAAUGACUGCGAAGAGCUCGCGCAACUGUACCAGGACAGAGAUAGUCUGCUAGACACCAUCAUCUCGAAGACUUCCGGGAGCGAGCUGGAGUGCCAGCUUGCCCUGGACCUCGAGAAGCUUCACAUCUGCAAGCAGCAGGUGGACCUGACGCACUUCAAGUGGUCACAGGCGUUGCUCAUGGUGCGCCAGGCUUGCUCCCAGUUCUCCAGGGCACUCAAGAAGUGGAAGGACCUCGACACUGUCCCCGAAAGCGACGAGAAGAUGCGGUACUACUGUGCAGCCGAAACAAGAAACAACCUCAGUGCAGCCUUACAGAACUUGCAAGGGGCUCAACGUUAUCUAAAAAAUAUCGAGUUCCCGUACUGCAGCCCCAACGAAAUAGAGACGGUCUACAAGGCCGUCACGUAUAUCUUUUCGGACAUGAAGGCGCCUGAGAGACGAGAGCACGCCUAUAAUUGCUACAACAGCGUUUACAGAAGAGCAGGAGCGCUCAAGCAAUGGCUAGAAAUGGUGAUAAAUAACAUAAUAUACCACGACCUCGGCAUUUUGGAAGAGAGGUGUCGAGAAAAAUCCGCGCUGCUGCGAAAGGAACGAAUACGACUCAUAAAGGAUUCAAUCAAAAACACCACGGGCAAGGAAAUCAAGCUUGACAGUGUCGACUACCACAUGGAUGCUGAUACGGACACUUUCCAAGACGACGACACUGCACAGCUGUUUUACGCCGAAAGAGCACUGAGUAGGAGCUCACUCGUGACUCCAGAUGUCGGCCGGACGACGCUACCAACGCCGGUGCCAAUGUCUGAUCUCGCUCCGCUGCCUCCCACGGAAAAGAUAUUCGGCAAAGUGGCAGAGCUGCGCUACCAGCACAACGAGCAAAUGAAGGUGCUCAAGAGAGUGCAAGAACUCCGUCAGGCGAGACUGAGCAAAGCACUUCAACGGAAGCUAGAAGCACGUCGUCGCCGGAAGAGCACCGUGCCGCACGCUCGAGAAGAGUGACCACUUCCGGGUUCAGCUGUUCUAAAGUCGCUGGUGAAGGUGAAGAGAGGUUGAGGUUUCUGUUCACUUUAUGACGUUUAUUUCAUCCUUUUUCUGUGAUACCGACUGAAGUGUUUAACACUGGCUAGAAUGGUUACCUGUUAUGUAAUAGAGGUGUAGCGAAGAGACUAUAGUUAAAGGCAUGUGGCGUUAGCAGCGACUCGACGUGACAGUGAAUGUACCUGAGGUGUC